AUGGCAGGUGGUGUGAUAGCCAGUCUUCCUAAACCAAAGCGAAUUCAUUUCAUCUUGUCCAAGGUGAUGGGAGGAACAAUGGUGUUUUGGGUUCUAUGGAGGCUAAAGCAUGACUGGCAUGAGUUAGUGGUGAGUUUCCUACAUCUUAUCUUCUUUAGUCUGUGGCACAGAUAGAACUAAAUUUCUGGUUAAGUUCAUCAGUGAAACAGUGCCAAAAACCUUUUUCUGGGGCCCUCACAUGUGUACCAGGAUUUGAGUACGUACCAUGAUUGGCCUGUAUGAUUGGAUUGAUGAUGAUGAUAUUGACAUUUUGUUUGUUCACAGGGUCAUAAAUACGUUUUUGAGAUGGAAGAUGCUGAGAAAGAGAAGCAAAAGAAUCAUGCCCAUCAUUAACAAGAAUCCCUCUGCAGCUGUGUUCAUCUGGUUAACUUUAAAUGGAGGAUUCCUCAGGUACUUAACAGUAAGGUGGAGAAAGUGACGGCAGAAGCUACAAACUUUGCAAAUCAACAGUUAUAUUGUUAUGAAUUGAUGAUAGCAAUUUAUGCCUAGAGUUAUCCAUUGGGUAAUUUUGUAAAUACAUAAUUUUAUUUUCCGAUGUUCAUGUAAUAUAUCAAGCAUGAGACCCAGUGUUUCAUCACCAGAUGAAACACUGAGAAGAGAGUUGAAAAUACGAUGCUCAGCAGAGUCUUUUUGACAAACUUUAAGGUGUCUCAUCUGGUGAUGAGACACUGUGUCGAAUGCUUGAUAUCACUUCUCGAACAAAAUGAUUUUAGGAGAAAUUAAGGGUGCAAAACUGAGUUUUUCGCCUGACUUCCAAACUCUCAUUAAACAUAAAUUUCCUUUCCUGUAUUUUCUUUAUGAAUUAUUAAUGAGUUUGAGAUGUUAAAUUUCUGUCUACUAUCUUUUCUUUCUAUUGUUAUUGUAUUAAUGAAGCAAUAAAGUCAAAUUCUGUAUAAAACACUUUCAUAAAUUAGUCCUUUUCAAUAUUCACUAUACUCAUUCAUAAAUGGG